AUGAAAAGUAUUCCCGCCAUCUCAUCAAUUGAUCUUCCAAGAUUCGUGGGGUCUGGUUCGAAUGUCACGGUGGCGGUUGGCAGAGAUGCAGCACUCACUUGUAGGGUUGAUAAUUUGCAGACAUUCAAAGUGGCGUGGCUACGCGUCGACACCCAAACAAUCCUCACUAUCGCCGGCCACGUAAUCACGAAAAAUCACAGGGUGAGUGUAGGCCACGGUGAUGGAGCCUGGACGCUUGGCCUUAAAGAGAUUGGGCCUUUAGAUGGAGGAAGAUAUAUGUGCCAAGUGAACACCGAGCCAAUGAUGAGUCAAACUCAUCUGUUACAUGUUGUAGUUCCACCAGACAUCGACGAUGACGUCAGCAGUAGUGAAGUCUUAGUUAACGAAAGUGACAACGCUGCGCUACGUUGUGUGGCAUCAGGCACACCUCCACCCAACAUAGCUUGGAGGAGAGAAGACUCCAGACAUUUUAAAAUCGACAAUCAGACCUUAGUUUCCCCGUCAGUAUGGGCAGGCAGGGUAGCAAUACGAGCUCCAUCAGGCGGUUCAAUCACACUACAGUGCACAGCUGAAGCAUAUCCAGUACCUCAAUACUAUUGGACGUUAAACGGUGAACAGAGGAUAGUAAAUGGUACAAAGCACCGUUUAAGCAUCACAACGAGAGGUUAUCGCCACACACUCAACUUGAUGGUCACAGACAUGUCAAGAGAAGACGCGGGGGCUUAUCGUUGCCACGUCGAGAACACGCAGGGGAGAGCCCAGGCCGAAUUGUUUUUACAUAAUGAUCCGGAGAGGCAUUUGGAGCAAUUACAUCGCGGAGUGCUCGAAGACUCCGCUCUUGACAACCCAUACAUUGUGCUCAGUCAACAUCAAAUGCAGAAUUUAGAAAUGGUGACGACGAUGUGA